AUGGCUGCUCGAGCCUCAACGCGGCGACUGCUUCGUCUCUCAUCAAGACAAAUGUCAACCCAGUCGACAACCUCUUCAUCCACGCCAGGAAAGACCGCAACACCCACCGCUUCCGACCCAGCUCACAACCAAACCAUCACCCUCCCCGAUGGCCGCUCGCUAGGCUUCGCCGAGUACGGUGACGCCCACGGGCGCAAGACGCUGCUCUACUUCCACGGCUACCCAUCCUCGCGCAUCGAGGCCAAGAUGCUGCACAAGCUCGCUCUCGCGCACUCGGUCCGCCUUCUGGCGCUCGACCGCCCCGGGUACGGCCUGUCGACGCCGCAGCUGCCCCGGCGCGCGCUCCUCGACUGGCCGCGCGACGUCGCCGCCUUUGCCGCCAGCCAGGGGCUCGACCGCUUCGCCGUCAUGGGCCUGUCAGGCGGUGGCCCCUUUGCCGUUGCGUGCGCGCACGCGCUGCCUCCGCGGACGCUCACGGCUGUCGGGCUCUUCGCCGGCGCGCCGCCCUGGGCCGCCGGCCGGCACUACAUGUCGCGGUCGCGGCGCGUCCUCCGCGUGCUGGCCAACUGGUGCCCAGGCGUCCUCGGCGCCCUGACGGCUGUCACGCUGCGCCUCGCCCGCUGGCUGGUCGGCACCCGAUUCGUCACGACGCGGCUCGACGCCUGGCUCGAGCUCGUCAACCGGCAGGCGCAGGAAAAGGAGGCCAGGAGGCUGCAGGCGGACCCGGCGGCGCGGCCGAGCGCCGUCGUGGCGCCCGACGAGCGGCCCGUCGAGGAGCAGCGCGCGGCGCUGCUCAACCUGCUCAUUGGCGAGCCGUUUGCGCAGGGCCCGGACGGCGCCGUGCAGGAGGCGCGCAUCCUGACCGACGACGACUGGGGCUUCCGCCUCGAGGACGUGACGUUUCGGGACGCGCCGAUCAAGAUCUGGCACGGCACAAGGGACGCGAAUGCCCCGAUUGAGGCCAUUCGCUAUCUCGCCGAGAAGCUGCCCAAUGCGGAGCUGCACGAGUUUGGCGAGGAUACGCACUACACCAUGGGAGACCACGCCGAGGCGGCUUUCCUGGACUUGAUGGGCGAGACAAAACACACCAAGUCGUGA